AUGGAGGAUCAACUUAGCAAAUUACCAGACUCAGUUCUUAUUCACAUCCUUAGUUUUCUGCCAACCUUCGACGCUGUGUAUCGUGCCGGCUUGGUCUCUAAACGUUUGCGUUCUCUCAGACACUCUCUUCCCUCCCUUGUUUUCGCAAAUAAUCAUAUUCCAUCUUAUGAAGGCUCUAAAUACAUUCAUGAAAAGUUAAGUCGUUAUAUCAAUGAUUUGUUGAUUUUCCAAGGUCGUCAUAAUAAUCUCCGCAAGUGUUGUUUCCAUCUUCCUUAUAAUUGCCCUCGUGAUUACGAAAUUGAUGCAUGGAUAAAAUUAGCACUAAAUCGCAAAGUUAAAGAGCUUGAACUUUUUAUCCCAGAUAAUAGGUAUUGUUUACCCAGAUUCUUGUUUAGGAACGAGAUUUUAACAAGUUUGAGUGUCACAUAUGCUGGGUUUACGGUGAUUAAGGAGAUGAAUAUUAAUUGGAAGUCGUUGAAGAGUUUGUCAAUGAAACACAUAAAAAAUUUAGAUGAUGAUAUGCUUGGAAAAAUAUUGAUAGGUUGUCCUAUAUUAGAGUUGUUGGAAUUGAAUUCUUGUACGGGAAUAAAGAAGUUAGAUGUUGUCUCUCAAAGUUUGAAGGAAUUGGUACUUCAUGAGUGUACAUAUGUCUUUGGUAGGAAUCAACAUGGGGAGAUAUUGAGAGUUUCGGCUCCUUCACUUCAAGUGUUGGUUAUUUCUGGCUCUAAUCGCUAUGAUAAGUGUAUACUUGAGAAUUUUUCAUCGUUGGUUGAGGCUCAAUCUGUCAAAUGUUGGCCCUUUUUAUUCUCAAAUUGCCAUACUUUAACGUUGGAUAUCAAUCUUAAGCAAUGGGAACUUCCCGGACUAGCAAUCAUGCUUCAGAAUUGCCCUAAGUUGGAGAACUUGAUCAUCAAUAUGACCGAAAAACGGUGCAUUCAGAUGAACUCCAAGUCCUGCAAUAUUGAUUAUCAAGAGAAGAAUUUCUGGAUGUCGAAUCCGAAUUAUGUAACGCUUAACUGUCUACUUGAACAUAUCAAGGUGGUGAAGAUCAUCGGCCUGCAACCGCGUAAAGGAGGUGAAUUAAUGGUUGAGUUCUUACAAUUCAUCCUAAAACAUGCGAGGGUGUUGGAAAGGUUGUUCGUUGACAUUAUUAAUGUGAAGGACGAUAUGGAGGAUGCUGGAAAGUGUAUCUUUGAACUGUCUGUGUUUCAUAUGCUGUUAAGUUUCCCAAGAUCCUCUGAAUCAGCUGUGAUUGUAGUAAACUGUAGUAAGUGUAACAAUAGGAAGGGUAGUUCAUAA